AUGGGGCUGUGGCUCACGCCCGAUCAGCAGGGACAGCGAUUAAUGAAACGCGGCGAGUUCGAAAAGGCCGCCGCAGUGUACGACGACCCCGUACGCCAAGGAGUCGCCUGGUAUCGCGCAGGCGAAUUCGAGAAAGCCACUCAAGCUUUUGCCCGGUCUUCCACGCCGGAAGCCUAUUUCAAUUCCGGCAACGCUUGGGUCAUGCUCGGCAAAUACGACAAGGCAAUCACUAGCUAUGACCAGGCUCUCAAGCUAAGGCCCGACUGGAAAGCAGCCCUAGAGAAUCGCCAGCUUGCCGAAGCAAGGGCAAAGUUAGUGGAACAAAAAGGCGGCGAUCUUGGCGACCAGCAAGAAGGUGCCGACGAGGUGGUUUUCGACAAUAAGAAACAACCCGGCGGGCAAGACACCGAAGUGAAUGCAGCCCAGGCCACUAGCGAUGCGGCCGUGCAGGCUAUCUGGCUUCGCAAUGUGCAAACCAACCCGGCCGACUUCCUCAAGGCGAAGUUUGCCUAUCAGCAAGCUCGAGCAGCAGGAGGCCAAGUCGCGCUAGUCCAAGUGUUACUCUGCUGCUUUCUCCCAACUGGAAUGGCCGAUGACCCUUUGGUCACCAGCGAAGCAGCGGAGAAGGAAGUUUGGGUCGGGCAGAAAGCGCCCUUCUACGUCAAAGUGAGAGGAAAAGGACCGUUCAAGGGUGCCACCAGUUUUUCAAUCCCACACAUCCCGCAGACCGUGAUUGUCAACGUUGGCAGCCCAGUCGUCUCUUCCGAGGAAGUGGGUGAUGAAUCGUGGUUCGUGCAAACCCACGAGUUCGCCCUCUUCACCCAGGCCGAGGGCACGGUCGAAGUUCCAAGUUUCGAAGUGCGAUUUACCGACCACGAUGGCUUCACAGGUCCAGAGGUCGACCAUACAGAACAGGUGCCAUCUCUUUCAUUCGAGGUGAAGCGGCCGCCAGACAGCGCAGACCUCGGCUUUCUGGUCACCACCGAUGACUUCGAAGUCACAGAAACCUGGGAUCCGCAACCCGGCAAUGCAAAGCAAGGUGAUGUCUUCCAUCGCACAAUCACGCAAGAGGCCGACCAGGUAACGGCCAUGGCCCUCGCCCCCCCACCGACCACGGCACCCAGUGGAGUUCGAGUAUACACGGACGAACCUCAACUCAACGAUGAUACCCAGCGGGGAGAAUUCCGAGGAACGCGGAGCGAUACGAUUACUUACCUGCUGGAAAAACCGGGAACGGUCACCAUUCCCGCCAUUAAGUACACUUGGUGGAAUCCCGACUCGCAGGAGUACGGCUCGCAGAGCCUGCCGGCCGUCACGUUCGACGUCGCCCCACUCCCGCAACCCGCAGCUACCGCCGAGUCCACGAAGACAGAUUACCGUUGGGUCCCCUGGUUAAUCGCACUUAUAGGUCUCUGCGGCUUGGCACUUUGGCAGCGGCAUCAUCUCAGUUCACUUGCCAAAGCCUUCUUGCACUGGCUAAAUCCACCCAAGCGAGUUGCAGCCCGCGCACUUGUCCGUGCCUGCCAUCACAACGAUGCCAAGGCGGCCGAAGCUGCUUGGUUGCGGUGGCAAAGUCUCCAAGCGAGUGUGCUACCCGUCGAGCCCAAACUCAAACGCGCCAUUUCCGAUCUCGAUCGCCACAUCUAUGGCCACGCAGAGCGAACCGCUUGGAAUGGGAGCGAAUUGGCGACAGCUUUUCGUGAGCAGAUGAAGGAGAAUAGAUCUCCUCUCUCCAGACCAGCAAUGGAACUGGCCCCACUCAACCCACGUUGA